AUGUCUAGUUUGCGAAAUAAGACUCCAUUUAACCUACCUUGGAAUGAAUGCGUGUCCAUCGCUUCAGUCUUAAUUGGCGCGUAUGUAUCGUACAAAUAUUAUAAAGUAUGUAAAACACAAGAUAUCCCACGUCCAAAAGGAGGUGUGGAGGAACUCAUAGGAAACACUCCUCUAGUUAAAAUCAGGUCUCUUACCAAGGCUACUGGCGUCAACGUUUAUGCUAAGUUAGAACUAUGUAACCCAGCUGGAAGCGCUAAAGAUAGGGUGGCAUUGAACAUCAUAAAGACAGCUGAGCAAUUAGGUGAGCUCGUUAGAGGUGAGCCUGGAUGGGUAUUUGAAGGAACAAGUGGGUCAACCGGUAUUUCUAUAGCUGUGGUCUGCAAUGCAUUGGGGUAUAGAGCACACAUUUCUUUGCCCGAUGAUACGUCGUUGGAAAAAUUGGCAUUGUUAGAGAGUCUUGGUGCUACCGUUAACAAGGUUAAGCCAGCUAGUAUCGUUGAUCCGAACCAGUACGUAAAUGCUGCCAAAAAGGCGUGUGAUGAAUUAAAGAAGAAGGGCAAUGGAGUUAGAGCAAUUUUUGCCGACCAAUUUGAAAACGAAGCCAACUGGAAAGUACAUUAUGAGACUACAGGCCCGGAAAUUGCGCACCAGACUGACGACAACAUCGAUGCAUUAAUUGCUGGUUGCGGUACUGGUGGCACCAUAACUGGAGUUGCCAAAUUUUUAAAGGAAAAAGCCAAGAUACCUUGCCAUGUUGUUCUUGCAGAUCCGCAAGGAUCUGGUUUUUAUAAUAGGGUUAACUAUGGCGUGAUGUAUGAUUAUGUAGAAAAGGAAGGUACCAGAAGAAGGCAUCAAGUUGACACUAUUGUAGAAGGCAUUGGGUUAAACAGGAUUACUCAGAAUUUUCACAUGGGCGAAGAAUUUAUUGAUGAAUCAAUACGUGUAAAUGAUAACCAAGCUAUCAGAAUGGCAAAAUACUUGUCAGUAAAUGAUGGGCUAUUUGUAGGGAGCAGCACAGCUAUUAAUGCGGUAGCUGCCAUUCAGGUCGCGAAAAGACUCCCUCAGGGUGCAAACAUUGUAAUUAUUGCAUGUGAUAGCGGUUCAAGACAUUUAAGUAAAUUCUGGAAAGAAGCUAAAGAAAUCGAUCAUGACAUAUCAUUAAAGGAGAUAGUAAAUAUCUGA